UGGCAGAGGCUCCCUGCAAAGCCGUGGAUCGCGGGUCUUCCCGGUGGGCUGCGGCGAGAGGGCUCGUUCGCCCGGUCAGCGCAGGGCAGAGUAAUGGAACAACUUCAGGAUCCAGUUGUGCAAGAAGAUGAAAAUAUUAAAGCUAUUAAUGAAGAGUACAGAAAAGCCUUUAUUUUUGUCAAUAAAGGACUGAACACAGAUGAGCUGGGUCAGAAGGAAGAGGCACGAAGUUACUACAAGCAAGGGCUUGACCACUUGCUCCGAGGACUUAGCAUUCCAUCACAGGGUCCUGCAUGUGUGGGGUCUCAGUGGGAGUCUGCCAGGCAAAUGCAACAGAAGAUGAGGGAGACUCUCCAAAAUGUUCAUGCUCGACUUGGCCUUCUAGAACAAAACAACUCACCUGUACAAGCAAGUCCUGCUGUGAUGGAUGCCCCUGCGGGGGUGCCCAAGUUAUACCCAUCCAUUCCUUCCAAAGAAAAGCCAGAGAGACCCCCAGCCCCCAGUUCUCUGUUUGUACCAAGUCAACCACCUGCAGCCGAUGGAAGUGUUGCAACUGUGAGCCAGGGGCCAAUUCCAGCUAUGAGUCCAUCAUCUGCAAACCCUCUUUGUGCUCCAAAUGAAGCACCUCCUGCCUAUACUCCUCAAGCUACCAAUGGCCAUUUUACUGUGUCUUAUGGCACAGAGUCUGGGGAGUUUUCUUCUGUGGGUGAGGACUACUACAGCAAGUGUACUCAGCCACCUCCCCUUCAGAACCUGGGAGUGGAUGUAGAUGAGCUGAUCUUGAUUCCCCAAGGAGUACAGAUAUUCUUUGUGAAUCCUGAUGGGCAAGUUAGUGCUCCUUCUUAUCCUGGAUAUCUAUGCAUUGUGAAGUUCUUGGAUACAGAGAGUGAGACAGCCCAGAAUCUUCCACCUGCUUUUCUUCAGGUUUGUGACUGGUUGUAUCCUCUAAUGUGUAACCAGUCUCCUGUUCUGUGCUGCAAUAUUGGAGUCUACAUGUUCCCUGACACAAUAUCCCAGAUACCAGGGUCCUAUGUGGGAGUAGUGCUGUCUUCAGAACUUCCAGCAGCUGACAGAGAGCUGUUUGAGGAUCUCUUAAAACAGAUGUCUGACCUUCGAAUCCAGGUGCCAGGAUCCCAUGAGAGAGUAGGGUUAUCUUCACAGCUCCCAGCAACUGAGAGAGCGCAGUUUGAAGAUAAAUUUAGACAGAUGUCUGGCCACAAAGUCCAGCCUCCUGAAGCCUCUAGUGAUGCAAUUAACUUGCCUCAGACUGUACAUAUCCAACCACAACCUGAAGGAGCAGAAAAUCAAAAAGAGUUACCAGAAUGGAGUGAGAAAGUUGCCCAUGGAAUCUUGUCAGGUGCAUCUUGGGUGAGCUGGGGCCUCGUAAAAGGAGCAGAAUAUACUGGUAAAGCUAUCCACAAAGGAGCUUCUAAACUGCGAGAACACAUUCAACCAGAAGAAAAACCUCUGGAAGUCAACCCAACUGUAGCAAAGGGACUUCAUGUAGCAAAACGGGCUACUGGAGGAGCUGUGAAAGUCAGCCAGUUCUUAGUUGAGGGAGUGUGUUCUAUAGCAAGCUGUGUUGGAAAGGAGCUGGCUCCACACGUGAAGAAGCAUGGCAGCAAAUUAGUUCCAGAAUCCCUUAAGAGCGAUAAAGAUGGCAAAUCUACUUUUGAUGGUGCUCUGGUGGUAGCAGCAAGCGGAGUUGAAGGAUUUUCGACAGUGUGGCAAGGUUUAGAAAGUGCAGUGAAGUGCAUUGCUAAAAGUGUUUCAACUGAAACUGUAAAAACUGUCAAAUACAAGUAUGGAGAGGAUGCCGGGCAUGCUACAGACAACGCUAUGAAUUCUGCAAUCAAUCUUGGUGUGACAGCAUUUAACAUUGAAAAUAUGGGUAUCAAAGCUGUUGUAAAGAGAACUGCAAAGGAAACAGGCCAUGCUGUGUUAGAUGAAUAUAAAGUAUUGGAUAAUGAAAAUAAGGAUAAAAUAAAGCAAUAAUAUACUUUUCGAAGCCUUACAUUACAGGUGAAACUUCCUAUUUAGAAGUAACUACAUUGCUAAUUUACAAUUUAACCAUAAAUAACACUGUACUUUUCAAGCAACUGUCAGUUAAUUGAAAAUGUAAAUGUAGGGAGAGCAUUUGUAGAUGGGGAAGAAUGAAGUUGAUUGAAUUCCUUGCUCUGUAUCGAACAAGGUUUUUAAACAACUGGAUCAAGUGUUUACACAACUGGAAGGAUAUGUUUGCAGUUAAUAAGCUUGUCUCUAAGCACUUUUUCAAAAUACAAUAUGGACUAAUAGAUUAAUGUAGAAAUACUAUUGUGAAUAUUUUUCUAAUACUUUAUAUUUUUAAAGAAGGUGGUGAUAUAGAACAAAGAGGAUUAAUAGUUUUGGCUUUUAACUAACCCUAAGAGUUAGUUUUACUAAAACAGCCUUGUCUUAUUUAUUAUGCACUACUAUAAAGGAGCUUUGUGUUUCAUUGGUUUGUAGAGACUUUCUCUUUUCAGUUACCAAGCUAAUCAUAUACAGAGUUUGUUAGAAGAAAUGAAAGAUGAACCUCAGGUAACUAGGUAUUUAUUUCCUUAUUUUUUUUUCAUCCAUCAUAUAAGAAAACCAAAGAUAACAAGCAUUUCUUCUAAAAGAGAAUAUUUAUAACUCUAGAGAAAUGUAUUCUCCCAUUUACUCCAUAAGAAAUAUAUGAAAAAUUCUUUGAAAUUGAGAUUUUUAUGUAAAGAGGAGAAGUAUUUUUUUCAUAAAUUAUUUUUCUGUAAAAACAUUCUAUAGAGGACACUAGGAACAUCUAUGCAUUCUGUACUUCAGCUGAUCCAGAAAGAUUCAGAGUAUAUAUCAUGGCCUUCUAAAGGAAUACAUAUGUUACUGCUUCAACAAGUAGUUCUAACAAUCAGCAUCUUUAUUCCAUUAAAUUGAUAGUUGCACAAGGUAUGUCUUUAAAGAGCAUGAAGACAAGAGCUUUUAAUGGAGAGAUGUGUGUGAAAUAGAGUAGGCAUAACUCUAGGUUUUUCAUCCUGUUCCUAGUGCACUGUGAAGUAACUCUAUGCAUAGAAUCCUUGAGAUUUUUUUUUUUCCACACUGCUACUUAUUUAACAACUCACUAUUGAGUUAAAUGCUGCUACACAUUCCAACAUUGGCUGGACCUGGGGCAAACAGAACACCAUCGAUGUCCAACUUAUCUCUAUUCCAUGUAAAUGGUUGAUAGCAAAUAAUGGCAUCAGAUUCAAAAAAGACAAUAAUGUGUAUUAGAUUGGUAAUAGGUGCACAUGUGAUAGCUACUGUAGGUGUGUACUUGGGGUGAGAAAUGUGAAACAGAGGAUCUAACCACUUGAAGUGUUAACUUUGAUUUAUGGAAAUAAAGAUGAAAUUAAAAUUGGUCCAUCUGUGCUUGGCCUUUUGUAUAGAUGUGUAAGUGGAAAGACUAGGACUUCUGAAGUAAUAAAAGCAUUUAGGUCUGUCUGUCAUAGAAACGAGCUCAUUAAAUAAGAGUUUGAAAUAUUUCAGGCUUA